AUGAGAGUGAAGCCAAAUGUUAGUCUCCACUUGGUCGCACAUAGAGGUGCAUCUUAUUUUAUUCCAGAAGAGUCUUUAGCUGCAUAUUCCCUAGCAGCGAGACAUGGAGUGAAUUAUAUUGAAUGUGAUAUUGUAUCAACUAAAGACGGAGUAUUGAUUUUGAGACAUAGUCCAAACCUAUCUGAGUCCACAAAUAUUGAUGAUUUUAUCGAAUUUAGUCACCUCAGGAAAACAGAAAUUUUAUAUGAUAGCAAUAGUAAUGAUGCAAUCACAGGUAUAUUUUCAUGGGAUUUAACCUACGAAGAGGUCAAAAAAAUCAAGUGUACACAUGAAAAGAAAUAUAAAAAUAGGAGCCCAGACCUAAAUGGAAUAUAUGAUAUACUUACACUAGACGAGUUUCUAAAAUUUAGUAUUUCUGGGUUUGAUGGUCAUCGUCCAGGAUUAUAUAUUGAGAUUAAAUACCCCACAAUGCAUGAGAAAAAAGGUAUUACCAACAUCUCUGACAAGUUAUUGGAUACAUUGGACAGAUUUGGGCUUAACAAAAAAGCUAAACCUGUGUAUAUUCAGAGUUUUGAACCAUCCAAUUUAGAAUAUAUACGAAGCAAGAGUGAACUUAAUUUGGUACAACUUUUAACGAGGGAUGACAAAAACAGUUUCGUAUAUGCAGUUAAUGAUGCAGAAGACGACGAGAAAAUGAAAUACGUAACUUGUGAUAUGGAGUACAUUUCUAAGUUUGCAAAUGUUGUAUCUCCCUAUAAAGAGGACUUGAUUGAGUAUACUAAUACUACGGACAAUUCUUUACCUACCUCAAGCCAUUUUGUUUCCAAAGCCCACGAACUUGGUUUAAUAGUUGUGCCUUAUACAUUUAGACCAGAAUCAAUAUUGCCGUACUUCAAAAAUAUUUAUGAAGAAUACGACUAUUUUAUCAGAAUACUAAAAACUGAUGGCGUUUUUACUGAUGAUAGUCAAAGUAUUAUAAAUUAUAUAAACCAUACUGACACGCGACUUUAUGAGUAA